CUCAGAUCGCCGCGAGGAUGCGCCUAGGCAGGCUGUAGACGGCCGCGGCACCAGCAGCCACUACUGAAUUCGCAGUCGCUGGCGCGUAGUCGGCAGUUCAGGAGUGGCAUGGAGGAGGACAGUGCUAUAGUCAUGAGGCGAGCAGGCGACGCCGUGUACACCGGGGUGGCGAUCCGCGACUCCGACGCGGCCAGCCGGCGGCUGGUGCUGCGCUCUGGCGAGUGCAACAUCACCGGUUGGUCGGCCGGCAAGCGGAGGAUGCGCUUCCUGCAGGACGUGUUCACGACGAUAGUGGACCUGCCUUGGCGCUGGCUGCUGCUGCUGCUGUCGAUGAGCUUCUUCCUCACGUGGCUGGGUUUCGCGCUCCUCUGGUGGCUCAUCGCGUUUGCCCACGGAGACCUCGAACCGCAGAACCUGCCUCCCUUUCAAGAAGACACGGGAUGGGUGCCGUGCGUGACGCAGAUCUACAACUUCACGUCGUGCUUCAUGUUCAGCAUGGAGAACCAGCACACGACGGGCUUCGGGGCGCGCAUGCCGACGGAGGAGUGCCCCGAGGCGAUCUUCCUCAUGUGCGCGCAGGGCAUCGUGGGCGUGACCAUCCAGACGGCCGUGCUGGGCAUGAUGUUCGCCAAGGUGGUGCGCCCCAAGCAGCGCACGCGCACCAUCGCCUUCAGCAGGCACGCCGUCGUCUGCCGCCGGGACGGCGUCCUCUGCCUCAUGUUCCGCGUCGCUGACAUGCGCACCAGGUCUCACAUCAUCGAAGCGAAGAUGAACAUUCUGCUGGUGGGCGAGAGGAAGACGCCCGAGGGCGAGCAUCUUCUGCCGUAUCACACGGAGCUGCGACACGAGGUGGGGCACCGGCGCUUCUUCUUGCUCUGGCCGGAGACCGUCGUGCACCGCAUCGACGCCCGCUCGCCGCUCUACCGCAUGUCUGCCGCUGACAUGGCUGCCUCCGACCUGGAGGUGAUUGCUAUCCUGGAAGGAACCAUCGAGUCGACCGACCAGCGCGUGCAGGCGCGCACGUCUUACCUGCUGAGUGAGGUCCUGUGGGGGCGCUGCUUCGAGCAGGUGGUGCGCUUCAGCCCCGAGCGGCGCUGCUACAUGACCGACUACCGCGCGCUGGGCGCCACGCGGCCCGUGGACACCCCCACCCCCUCUGCCUGCGACCAGGAGACCAACAGGACGCUCCCAGAAGGAGAGAUAAAAGAGUCACGUCACUCCGCUGGUGAUGGCCAUAUCAUCUCUGGGCACGAGCUGAAAGCUGCCUGAGUGCAGCUGGAUGUCACAUGCUUCACUUGCAAGUGAAGCCAGACAAGUGCAGCGACGUCCGACGUCAAAAGGCUGGAGGAGUUGCAGUAGCGAAACGUUGCUGCUGUGUUAGUACAUUUCGGGAUUAUGAUAGUGCGAAUAGUUGGAAGUGGACGGCAACUCGUGUUGGGAUAUUUAACGUGGUGAACUGCACUACAGAGACAGUUUUUCGCAAGUUGUUUCUGCGGGGAAAUAAAGCUCUUGAAACGCAGUAAUUUUUUGGAUUGCAAUUAUUAACGGAUUGUUUGUUUUGAAUAGUGAUGAAACCUGUGUUUCUUUUAAGUAUGACGGUAUCCUGAUGUCUUUUAUAUUCAGUUCGCCGCAUCUUAUGGAACCCUGAGUGAAUCCAAACUUAAAGUGUUAAAGACGCUCCUCUUACAAAAAUUAUAGCAAUACAAGUAUGUUAGUGCUGCAAAAGUGGUUAAGCAAAAUGAGAACAGAUUUGACAUGAGAAAUGUUUACGGAUAUAUCACCGCUUAAGGGAAGAGCUGUGAUUAAUUUUAGGCAGUAGCAGUAUUUCUGUGUUGUCAGCGGCAGAUCAGUGACUAAUGUCAACAACAAAACUCUUUGUACAGCAUUCAGUAUUAGUUUUUUAUCAUUUUUUG